AAUGGACCAGUUAAUUAUUUGCUGGGUGCUAAGACCCAGAAGACCAACAGAGGGCUGUACACAGUAGUAUGCUAUGCUAGCAGAGACUAGUGCUGUCACAACAAGGAUUCAUGAACCGCAUUUACGACACAGAUUUUAACACUUUAAUUGAGACUUAGUUAUGUCUCAGAUGGAGAAGAAGGCAGGGCUGCUGAGGAGGACUUCAUCCUCUAAAAAACCCUUGAAAGAGAAGGUGGUGCUGAUGUAUGAUGAGAUUUUUUCAAAAGAAGACCCGGCCAAAAACAACCCUCGCUUCUGGGAUGAGCUCUUUCUUAUGAAGGUGAACCUAGAGUACUUGGAGUCCAAGUUGGAGAGUGUAGAUGGGGAGGAGGUUCAGCGAAUCCAGGACAACAUCAACUCUCUGUUCCACCACUGUAUUCAGGCUCUGGGGGAGGAGCACCAGAUCAAAGUGGUCAAUGCCCUACAGACUCUGUGUGCCCUUUUCAGAGGGGUCCAUCAGAAGAACAAAUCAGCAUCUGGCUUUGAUAUCAUCAAUGUGCUUAUGGGGUUUGACAAGGCUGAGCAAAGGAUGAAGGAUCUGAUGGAGAGACUGGACAGUCUUCUUUGUGGAGAUGGCUCAGAGAGUCUUAAGAGUUUGUGUCUCAAACUGCUGCUGUGUCUGGUUACGGUAACAGAUAAUAUCAGUCAGAACACCAUACUGGAAUAUGUCAUGAUCAACAGCAUAUUUGAAGCCAUUUUACAAAUUCUGUCAGAUGUGUCCAGUAGAGGGCAGCAUGGUUAUGAUGCUGUGGUCCUCCUGGCCCUCCUGGUCAACUACAGGAAGUAUGAGUCUGUGAACCCAUAUAUUGUGAAGCUCUCCAUUGUGGACGACGAGCCAACCCUAGAUGGAAUGGGGAUGGUUGUCCACCAAGCUUUGACAGAAUAUAACAGGCAGUACAAAGACAAAGAGGAGGAGAACCAGGGUGGCUUCUUCUCGACCCUCACUAGUAUGGUUGGCAGCAUGUUUAUUGCAGAUGCUGAUGAGAAACUCUCUGUUCAGACAAAUGAGGCGAUUCUACUGGCACUCUAUGAGGCUGUGCACCUGAACCGCAACUUCAUCACUGUAUUAGCACAGAGCCACCCGGAGAUCGAUAUUGCUGCCACGCCUGCCACCCCUACUCCUACAACACCUACAACACCACUUGGCACAACACCACCAUCCCUAGACAUGAUGAGCAACCCAGAACUGCCUUUGGAUCCCAACCUGCAAACGAGCAACCUUCUCAUCACUUUCCUCAAGUAUGCCUCCAUUGUAAUGCAGGACACUAAAGAUGAGCAUCGACUUAACAGUGCCAGACUGUGCCUAAUCAUCCUUACCUGCAUAGCCGAGGAUCAGUAUGCUGAUGCCUUUCUUCAUGAUGACAAUAUAAACUUUAGAGUCAACCUCCACAAAAUGCCCAUGAGGCACAGAAAAAAAGCAGUGGACAAGAAUAUCCCUUCACGGCCACUGGUGUGCGCCGUUCUAGAUCUGAUGGUGGAGUUUAUUGUCACUCAUAUGAUGAAAGACUUCCCCAUGGAUUUAUACCUGCGCUGUGUGCAGAUCAUUCACAAACUCCUGUGCUAUCAGAAGAAGUGCAGAAUCAGAUUACACUACACCUGGAGAGAACUCUGGUCAGCUCUCAUCAACCUGCUGAAGUUCCUGCUGUCAAAUGAGACCACACUGCUGGCCAAGCACAACAUUUUUCAUCUGGCCUUACUGGUAGUGAACCUGUUCAACAUGUUCAUAACGUACGGUGACACGUUCCUGCCCACCUCCAACAGCUAUGAUGAGCUGUACUAUGAAAUCGUUCGGAUGCACCAGGUCUUUGACAACCUCAACUGUAUGGUUUUGAGAGUAUCAACCAACACAGGCCAGUGGAAGGAAGCAGCCAGUAAAGUCACACAUGCCCUUGUCAAUGUCAGGGCCAUCAUCAACCAUUUUAACCCCAAGAUUGAAUCGUAUGCGGCUGUGAACCACAUCUCCCAGCUGUCAGAAGAACAGGUGUUGGAGGUGGUGCGAUCCAACUAUGACACACUGACCCUCAAACUGCAGGAUGGUCUGGACCAGUUUGAGAGGUACUCUGAGCAGCCCAAGGAGGCUGCGUUCUUCAAGGAGCUGGUGCGCUCCAUCAGUCUGAAUGUGAGGAAGAACGUCUCUCUGAACACACUGAGUCAGGACGUCCUACUCAAAGAGUUCUCCACUAUCUCCUGAGAGACACACACACACACACAGCUUUCACAUCCCUUCAGAUGGACAGAUACUUUCCAUAUACAAACACUCUCUCCAGUAUAAUCCUUGACCAUUCCUUCCCUCAGUCUCGAUUUCCUCUUCUCUGUGUCCUGUGAACUGAACAGUGGGAGCUCACAGAGACGGACACACUGAAAGACAGGAUGCACCUUAAGGAAACACCUGAAAACUCACUGGACUUGCUUCCUUUGUGGUCAUUUGUGUGAGUGUGAUUCUUAAAGGAAGUGACUGUAUUACACUGGUCUCUUGUGUGCAGUCGGUAUUAUUGGCUGGACUGUUACCUUAACACAUGAAAGUUAAGAUAGUCAGACCAAGUAUUUUUAACUCAUCACAACACGUGGUUCACAGUUAAUCUUUCCAGUAAUUAUUGCAGAAGACUUUGGCUUUGAGUGAAAUAUCGUCUUUCAUAGUCCUCUUCAAUUAGAGAAUUAACAGUUUCCGUGGAGCUGAAUGCUUGACUAUUAAGUUAAUUCAGUGUUUCUUAACAAAUCUGCAAGUAUUUUUAUUUACAUUUACAAAGGGUAGAACAUUUGAAUGAUUGGGUUGAAGAGGCUCUGAAGUGAUUAAAACCUUUUUUUAAAUGUUGUUGCAAACCUUUGUUUUUGAACAAAGCCAUAAGUGAAGUUUACUGCUGUACAAAUGAUUCUGAUCUGAAUGUGUUGAAGUGAGCUGUUCACUUCAGAUGGUGGGUAAACAUUAUCUAGCAGCUGGCAUGUUUCUGGGACAUAAAACCUGUUGAGUGAAAAAACAAGAUCCAUGCCUUCAUCCUUCUCAACUUAUCCUUGCCCUUUCUCAUUCAGAAUAUUUGCCAUGAUUAUUGUUUUUUGGACUGGAACCAGAUCUGACUUAUGCAAUUUUGUCAAGUAUAGGGUCUUCUUUCUUUCAGCUCUAACUCCUGUAGGUAUAUCAUGUGGGUCCUUUCUUAAGUAAAGGUUUGUUUCUUACUAAA